AUGCCCUCAUACCAACAAUGCCAACCCCAAGAGGGUUAUAGGUCCUACUUCGACUUUGUUCGAGACUUUAACAUUGACGCCGGCGAUGUUUCCCUGCAAGCUGUCUAUAUUGUCGAUACAGCAAAACGGUACGCCGCCGCAUACGGCGACACAGAGGAUGUUCUGAUGAGGGAGGCCGCCCAGAAGUACCGAAGCACCGAGCAUAGGGGCCGGGAAUUCAGGUUUUACGGAGCAAUCAUCAACCAGCUGAAGUACCCUCUGUCCGAGGAGAUCAUCAAGCACAUGGAGAGGAAAGAGAGGAGGAGACACCGCCGUUGA